AUGGGCGAUUCGGUAAGAAUACGUCGCAGUUCAAAAGACUCCAAAGUAAACCUGGUCUACGAAGUGAUACUAAAUCCUGAUGACCCCGACCCUGCUGAGCUCUAUUUCCAGCAAGGAGAUGCCUUUGAGCUGAGGUGUCUCGUGGAAAGCGACUCGUUUGACGUGGACACUUUAAAUUUUGAGAGCGGCCCCACCAAGCUCGAGGCGGUCAAGGAAAAUAAUUGGCUUUCCGUAAAUGUGGACAGCUUCAAGACGGGCGAUCAUGGCGGAGGUGUACGGUGUGAGGUGCAAGAGAAAGCCGGACCCUCGGUUUUCACAAAACCCAUCACACUGAAGGAAAAGGUAUCCAUUAAAAAUGGGAUGCUCGCCUGCCCACCCUCCUCGCAAAAGGUCUGCUACAAUGGCGGGGUGUGCGUACUGGAGAAGAAGCUCGAGCGGUGCUUUUGUGCCGGUAACUUUGGCGGAGAAACUUGCGAUACGCCAAUCAUUUUCGAAGGCUCGAGAACCGAACAAAUAGCGAUGGGCACUGGCGGGACGUUGAUGCUCAUCUUCCUCGCCCUUUCCCUCGUUUUUGGCCUUCUUUUCUAUAAAGAACGAUCUAGGAGGAAGAGGAGGGCACUACUCGAUUAUAUGGAACAUUCGAUGCCGACGUCGCCGAGUUCGGAUGGGAUUUAUGAGGGAAGAUUCGAGAAUCCGUAUAAGGAAAUCGCCAACCAUAAACGACUGUCGAUGAAGCGGUCAGAAACGGAAGAAUCGUGGAUCCGAAGGAGUAUCCGGCGGAUGCGAGGCUAUAAUGCAACCGAAAGCCCGCAGCAAGAAAAUCGACCAAUGGUCCACACAGCACCUCCGAAACAACAACCUCCAAUCACC